CUCUUGCAGGCCCCACCCUUUGUGUUUCCCGCACCGUCAAUCAAAAUAGAAAAAAAUUGACUAGAAUCACCGUUUUCAGCUGCCAUCGAUUAAUGUAAUCAUGUUUGGCGUGUGAUAAUACCGAGAUUCUGCGAAUUUAAAUAAUUCACGCAAUGACUGCCCCAGAACAGCCAGUGAAACAAGAGGAAAUGGCUGCCUUGGACAGCUGUCAACGCGAGUCUCUGCAGCAAGACGGUGGCACAGGAGAUCAGGACACUCAGCCAUCACCGCUCGCUCUGCUGGCAGCUACCUGCAGCAAGAUCGGGUCGCCAUCGUCAGAGAGGGAUAACGGUGCUGCCGCUGUAGUGACUACAAACCUAACAUCCAUCCAGUUAACAGGGAACCCAGAUAGAUGGGAGGUUUUGACCCCCACAACCACAGUGAACGAGGAACCUGGCGCGGUCCAUAUCCAGACUCAACGAAUUAUGACAUCAAACGGACAGUAUGUUCUUCCUCUCCAGAACCUUCAGAGCCAACCGAUUUUUGUGACAUCAGGAAGCGACGCCUCCGCCAACGCAGUGCCUAACAUUCAGUACAUUCAGACAGCUGAUGGACAGCAACUAAGCUUCUCCACCUCCUGUGUGGAGGGGGGCACUCUGAGCCAAGAUGCCACAGGGCAGAUCCAGAUCUUGCCUGACGGAACUCAAACUAUAAGUGUGACAGGGGCUGGAGACAUCCUUACUAACAACCAAAACCUCAUAUCACAGACUGGUCAUGUCCAGCAGAUCCAGGGUGUUUCUAUCGGCAGCUCCACCUUUAACAACCAGGGACAGGUUGUCACUAAUGUGCCUAUGGGGUUGCCAAGGAACAUCACCUUUGUCCCCAUUAACAGUGUGGACUUGGACUCCCUGGGCCUCUCUGGUGCUCAGACUAUAGCAACAGGGGUCACUUCUGAUGGCCAGCUAAUCAUGACCAGUCACCCUGUAGACAGUUCUGAGAGUUUGGAGAAGACAGCUGACCAGCUCUCGCAAACUCUAUCUGUAAAUGACUCGAAUGCUAACUCAGAAAUGUAUCUACCAACAUCCUCGGCCCAGCUGCCUGAGACCAUAGGUGAGCCGGGUGUUCUGACCCAAGCCACAGAGCAGACCGAUCCCUCUGGUCUCCAGGAGGGCUACGUUCAUCAGAACCAAGUUCAGAACAUCCAGGUCUCCUCAGGCCAGUCCAUCAUCCAGCUGCAACAGGUGCCGGUCCAGACCAGCGAUGGUCAGGUGCUGCAGGCAGGAGGGGGGCAGAACGUGCAGCUCUUCAACCCAGGGACCUUCAUCAUCCAGGCCCAGACCGUCACUCCCUCAGGCCAGAUCCAGUGGCAGACCUUUCAGGUGCAGGGGGUCCAGAACCUGCAGAACAUCCAGCUGCCGACCAACCCAGCCCAGCAGAUCACCUUGGCCCCAUUGCAGGCCCUGUCUCUGAGCCAGGGAUUAGCGCAACAGAUCCCCAACCUGCAGACUGUGACAGUUAACUCUUUGGCCCAGACAGGCAUUCAUUUCCAACAGGCAGAGGAUACCAACAGCACUGGAGAUAUCCAGAUAAAGGAGGAGCCGGACUCAGAGAACUGGCAGCUGGGUAGUGACUCCACUCUGAACACCAGUGACCUGUCCCACCUGCGGGUCAGGCUAGUGGACGAGGAGGACCAGCUCGACGAGGGGGGCAAGAGGCUACGAAGGGUGGCCUGCACCUGCCCCAACUGCAAAGAGGCUGGGGGGAGAGGAUCCAACAUGGGCAAGAAGAAGCAGCACAUCUGUCACAUUCCGGGCUGUGGGAAGGUGUACGGGAAGACGUCCCACCUGCGAGCGCACCUGCGCUGGCACUCAGGGGAGCGGCCCUUCGUCUGCAGCUGGAUGUACUGUGGGAAGAGGUUCACACGCAGCGACGAACUGCAGAGACACAGGAGAACACACACAGGGGAGAAGAAGUUUGUUUGCCCAGAGUGUUCCAAGCGCUUUAUGCGGAGCGACCACCUGGCCAAGCACAUUAAAACGCACCUGAACAAGAAAGGAAUCAUGAACUCUGUGAGCAGCGCGGUGGUGGCCUCCAUGGAGUCUGCGGGUUCGUCAGACAGCAUCAUCACGGCUGGCGGCACUACCCUCAUCCUCACCAACAUCCAGCAGGGCUCCAGUAACGCCCAGGACAUUCUGGCCAACGCUGAGAUCCCCCUGCAGCUAGUCACAGUAGCAGCCGGGGAAGUCUUGGAGAUGGCCGAGUCACAGUGAUACUCAUUAACUCUUCAUGAACUUCUUUAUCACUAAUGUUCCCUGCUUGUUUUUAUAUAUAUACAUACAUGAAUAUAUAUUAUAUUUUUAAGAAGAAUGAUAGCAUUAAAUGUGGUUCCAAUACAUACCCACUAAAAUGCCUUAUUUUGUAUCAUACUGUGGAGUUGAAAAGGUGGAACGGCGUGUGGUUUUUAAGAUACUAUCAAUUGCUUAAAGGUUUGAGUUAAAUGUGUAUAAAAAAUAUUGGUACAGAAAUGAAGUGAUUGGAUAUUAGGUCUGUCAGAUUCCUUUAAGCAAAACAUUGAGUGUGACUCCAGUUACUUUCCUGAAGUAAGUUCUUGCUUACGUACAGAUAUGUCUUCGUGUAAAUGUUGUAAUGUAAUUUAACUUUUUUUUUGUACUAUGCAGUUCUUAAUUUUUUUUUGUUGUACUUAUUGAUUUGUUAUUUGUGCUUGCCUAUACCUCAGCAAGCGUGUCGUUGCCCCCCCCCCCCCC